AUGUACAUUCCCGGACACCUUGCUCUGGCAGCACAUCUUGUCACUACGUCACUGCUCUACGCCCAGCCUGCAGCGGCCAACGUCGAAAAGACCAUCUUUAUAGCGCCACGCCUUGAACCGGUGCCAGCUGAGAGCCCAGUCAUUGAUGACCUAGGUCUCCAGCGACUAUCUCCGGAAGAGUUCAAGUUGAGGACGAACUUGAAUGCAUCGUUUCCGACGCAACAGCUACCAGACGGAACUGAAUCAUGGUUCUUCCUGGAAGAUUUAAACCCGGGGCAGCGAUAUGAAGUGCGAGUCUGUUGGCUUGCAACACAACCGACGGCUUUCACCCUCGACACAUAUUCGCUUGGCGAAGCCAUGUCCAGCCCGGCAAUCCUCUCAUCACUGGCCAAGUAUUCAGAAACACUCCUUGCCAGCGCACCGUCCAAAUCUUCGGUGAAAGCAUCCAACGACAAGGACUACCUAUACCCGCCCAAGUCCCGUCGCCAACCAAAUUCACCUCGUGUUAAACUCGAUCCGCGUAAUACGAAAGAUCUACUACGCGAUGCCCUAACAUCAAUAUCUGAAGUUGAAUCAGUCUUGUUUCUCCGCAUACUCGCCGCGGCCGAUUAUUAUACGGCCAAUUCAACGCUGAUGGAGAGCGUGCAGCCUGUCAAGGCGGAUAUCAUUCUAGAUCCGUUCCUUCUGAACGUCUUCCCGCGGUCGUUGGUGCCCACUGUCAUUUAUGCGUUGCCUGUUGCUGUACUGGUAUACUUUAUUGGCGCAUACAUUGCUAAAACGCUAUCAAUAGCUAUUACAACGGCUGGGGACGACAGUUCCAACAAAAAGGAAGUCAAGAAAGAUCAAUGA